CAGCGGUGUUAAGCGUCGAGCAACUGCGGGUGAUCAAAUGGAAUGGACUGAUGAGUACAAUGCCAUUGUUUCUGAAUUAAUGGCUGAGCAAGUGAGAAAAGGAAAUAGACCAAACACACAUUUGAACACUUUAGGCUACACAGAGGUCAUGGACAGGUUCUAUCAAAUGACCGGAAUUGAGUUAUCAAAGAUACAAGUCAAGAAUAAGUGGGAUAGAUUGAAAAAUGAUUGGUCAAUUUGGCAAAAGUUGGUUCGGAAGCAAACCGGAACGGGUUGGGACAGCACAAGAGGAGUAAUAAGCAUGGACAAUGAAUGGUGGAAAAAAUGAAAAAGGUAAGAAAUUCCGGGAUGUGGAAAGUUCAAGAAGAAAGCAUUGCAAAAUCAAGAUUUUCUUCGAGAGAUGUUCGGUGAUAUCUCUAAUGAUGAAACCGAUCAUUGGAAUCCUAUGAGUGAUAACCCUAUUAUUCCUAAUGAUCCUAUUGUUCCUAAUAGCCAACAAGAGCUUGAAAACAUUGAUGAGGAUGAAGAGCAACAAGGAGGAGAGGAGGAGGGUUGGGAGGAUAUGGUUCAUGAUUGGGGAUAUAUGGAGGAUAAUGAUACCGAGGCUCAGGAGGUUUCUCCUGUAGUUGGUAAUCAAAAGAGAAGACCACGUGUCGUUCUUGAAAUACCUAAGAAACAAAAAACAAGUACAGCUCUUGUUAUUCAAGAACAGAUUACAAAAAUUGCUGACUCGGCUUCUUCUUUUACAUCAAGAAAGCAAGCUGAGGUUGGCAUCAAGGAGGUGAUGGAUCUUGUCUUGGAUUGUGGGGCAGACUAUGGUAGCAAUGAGCAUGAUAUUGCUACCCAAUUGUUUGUGAAGAGGGAUCAAAGAGAAAUGUUCUUGACUCUUAAUUGUUUCAUGGAAAUGGCAAAACAUUUUGUUGUUCCAAAGGAUCCUAAUUUUCGCACAGUGCAUCAAAGGAUAAGAGAUGAUAGAAGGGCAUAUCCAUAUUUCAAAAAUUGUAUUGGCGCUCUAGAUGGGACACAUAUUAGGGUAGCUCUACACCCUAAUGAACAAGUGAGGUAUAUUGGAAAAUCAGGGAUACCCACUCAAAAUGUCCUUGCAAUUUGUGAUUUUGAUAUGAGAUUCACAUAUGUAUCAGUGGGCCAACCGGGAUCCGUGCAUGACACGACUGUGUUAUACAAUGCAAUGAAGGUGGACCAGCAGUUCUUCCCUCAUGCUCCACAAAAUAAAUACUAUGUUGUUGAUGCGGGAUACCCUAAUAGAGUUGGAUACCUAGCACCGUAUAAGGGCGAGAGGUACCAUUUACCGGAAUGGCAUAGAGGUAUGGAGCCAAAAUCUGCUAAGGAAAAGUUCAAUCGUAUUCAUGCACGUGUUCGUAGCGUUGUUGAGAGGUCAUUUGGGGUCCUAAAGAUGAAGUGGCAAAUUCUAUAUAAAAUGGCAAUCUAUCCAUUGUGGAAGCAAAAGAUGAUAGUUGUGGCGUGCAUGGUAAUCCAUAACUUUAUUCGUGAGCAUAAUGCUGAUGAUUUGGACUUUGAACGUGUGGAACGUGAUGAAAAUUAUGUGCCUACAAUACCAGAAAGGUAUAACAAGUAUGUAGUUCCCUCCGAUGGAUCGACUUCAUUACCUAAUGCGCCCACUAUGGAUGAUUUCCGUGAUGAAUUAGCGACCGCUAUUGCUACAGGUUGGAACUAG